AUGGCCGUGGAUACCAGCUACCUGACCACCCAGGUCAACACGAUCGUCGAGCAGCUCCAUGGCCUAUUUGAUGAAAUCGGCAUUCCUCACCAUGAGCGAGAGUCGCGGGAAUCCGAGCUAUUCUCGGCUCUUUCAGAAACACUACACGGCCAUUUACGGCGCGUUGAUGAAGAAAAGAACCAGAUGAUGGAAGAGGCCCAUCAGCUCAAAACUACCAUAAAACAAAUGGAAUCGUCACUCGACGGCGCAACCAGGAACAGCAGAGAAUUUGAUAACCGCGAAAUUCAAAUCUCAUAUCCCCUAAACAGGUGUCUUGAGGCACUGAAGGAAAAGCAUCAAGCAGUCAGUAAACUGCAUCGUGAGCGCUUCGAGCAAGUUAAGAAACUCGUCGAAGCUCUUGAAUCCUACUCCUCCCAUCUCGAGCCAUCUUUUGUCUCGAUAGAACUUCCACCAACAGCGCCUGGCGCCAUCGCACCACCGUCAUUUGAUCUCUCUCCAACAUACGUUGCAGCCCUUGAUGCUGAAUUUACGAAGGUAUACGAGGAGUACAACCGCCGUGUUGCUACUAUGAGCAGCCUUGGGCAGGAUAUAGUAAAUCUCUGGGCUGAGCUAGGGACACCGCAAGUGCAAACAGAGCCGCUGAUUGUACAGCAUUACCGGGACUCACCAGAGCAGCUAGGGCUUCACGAAUCAGACCUGGACAAUCUCCGAUCCAGGCGAGAGAAGCUGAUAGACGAGAAGAACGCAAGAGAACGAAAGUUGAAGGAGUUAAAGGCGGCGGUUGAGGCUCUCUGGGACAAACUAGGGGUCGAGGAACCCGAGAGAAGGAGCUUCUUGGCUUCAAACCGCGGCUGUGGAUUGAGAGCUAUAAACGAAUUCGAGGAGGAGCUUUCAAGGCUCAAUGAGCUUAAGAGACAGAACCUACAUCUAUUUGUGGAAGAUGCCCGUUGUCGCCUGCAAGAGCUAUGGGAUAGCCUAUACUAUUCCGAGGAAGAGAUGUUGGACUUCACCCCGGCCUUUUCAGAUGUUUACAGUGACGCCUUGCUUUCUGCACACGAGGGAGAAAUUACACGACUCGAGGCCCUCUUGGAGCAAAGGGCACCUGCUCUCCAGCUUAUUGAUAAACAUAAAUCACUCAUCGAGGACCGCGACUCACUUAACGCUUCUAGUCAGGACGCUUCUCGAUUGAUGGCCCGUGGUAACAAGGGAGAAAGACGAGACCCUACCCGACUUCUCCGAGAAGAGAAGAUGCGAAAGCGCAUUGCCAAAGAGUUGCCAAAGGUAGAAGCAGACCUCAGAAGAACUCUUCAACAAUGGGAGGAUGAGUACGGCAGGCCAUUCCUUGUCCAUGGCGAACGAUACCUAGAUGAAAUAACGCCCGUCCCUGCACCAUCAAAGGUCCCACCAAGGGCUAAAACGCCUUCAUCAUUCUCUACAGUCUCUAGAGCGAAUUCUGUUCGGGGUCCCCCAUCCAUACGAGGAGGAAAUCAAACUGGAGGAAACCAGAUUGGAGGAAACCAACCUAGAGCGAACCCUCCUGCGUCCCGAUCAAAGACCCCAACGAGCCACAGCAAUCCUAAACAAAUCCCAAGGCCCUACUCUGCCGCCGCAGGGCUUAUUGCGAGGUCUCCUACAAAAAUACCCUCUCGUGUUCCGCUCGGAAAUCUACCACACGGGAAUAACUCCCCAGAACGACGAGGCUCUCCAGCACAAAAUUAUUCAGCUAAUACCGUUCGUGGGCAUAUGCCACCACCCAGAGCACCACCACCAAAGAUGAGAGACUUGUUCACUAGGCCCCAGACAUCUCAAUCGCUCUACAGGAAUGAGCCGGAACGAUGUCCAAGCUUGAUUUCCGCUGGUUCUAGUGCGAAUGUAGCGUCUGUCAGCGCUGAUGAUGACAUCUAUGAGAGGCAGCAUCAGCGGUCGUACACACAGCCUUCAAUACCCAAGCAGAAUCCAAGCAUAAACUGCUCAGUUCAAUCACUACACUCCUCGAACAUCCAGGAUAGCGGAAUUUACCAGCAACAACAAUCAUCGUUCGUGAGCCAUUCAAGUGACCACCAGUACCGACCUACAAACCCUGCCAACAGACAGAUUUCAAACUCCACAAUACAGACAGUAACAUCUGGUUCUGAAAACUGGGAAACCUAUGACGAUGCAUCCGAGCCGGAGGCCGACGCAACAGAAGUCUACUAUGCCAAACUGAGAGCCACCCAUGGCAAGCGUAUGGGAACACCAGGCGAACUAGGUGGCUCCAAGAAAAUAAGAGGCAUUCGAGGUGUGGGCGCCGAUGACGAUUAUGAUACAGAAAACAACUACCCACACCGAGUCGAUGGCAGCGAUGCAUGGACCGACGAUUUAGAACAAUACUAA